AUGGAGCCGCCAAACGAACCAACCCAGGCUCCGUCGAAGCCUGAAUUCCCAUGGUUGCCGAAGGAGUGUAUCUUUACUAUGCAGCAAUGGCUAUAUCGACGAACGCUUCAUACAAAAAGAUAUAAAAAGAGAUACGUGGUACUGCACAACGAAAGACUUUAUAGUUUCACCAAGCUUCCGUCAUUUGAAAAGUUUGAUUUAAAUAAUAUUCACUCAGUUUUGAGAUCAGCAUCAAAUAGCUGGAUUUUAACAGGAUCUGUAGUAUCAGCAGACCCAGACGUCAAUACAGGACUCUUUAAAUGGAAAAUAGAGUUCAAAAAUUAUAAGAAACCAGUAACAUCAAUUGAGAACAUCAAUAAGUUCUUGACAGAUAAACCAGAUUUGACUAUAGGAAAUGUAGAUCAUAUAGACUGUAUAUUUGAAGAUGUAACAUCGUCUGUUCUUGAAAACAAGAGCGCAAAUAUAGAACCGCAGGAUUGUUUGUGGUUUGCAACGACUAAUCAUAAGAUCGCAUCAGACUGGCUAAUAGCACUAUUAUAUACAUCAAGAUACGGGUCUCUGUAUAAUUUAAUAUACAAAAAUCCGUCUAGAAGAAGAUUUCAGCAGUUCACACUACCAUGGUACCUGAUGGCGUUGGACUACUUUCCAAACCUAUCCAAGGAUGAAAACUCAAAACAGCCAUUAACCUCGUUUACAUAUAUAAAGAUAGAGAUUAAAAGGGUCUUUGACUUCCCAAUGCUCCCAAACGCAAAAAUCUACUGCGCGGUGGAGUUUAAUAGUAGUUUUUACAUUAUACAACUGCAUAGAUUUGAACACGAGAAUCUCACCUCGACACCCUCAGCAAUGGUCCGUGACGACGAUUCAGUUUCAAGUUUAACAGCAUACAUUAGUAGAAACUCGGAGUACUCGAUUCAUAAGCUACCAUCAGAUGAAUUAAGUCAAAUACAAGUUAAUUGCCAGAAGACGUAUUUAGGAGAUGAUGAAGGCUCACAAUCAAGUUAUUAUCCAACUAAUGUACAAUUUUCGACAUUGGAAAAUGGUAUUGGUAAACUCAAUCCCCAAUUAAACACAGUAGCACCGACUAAUACAAGUGUACCAAAUUCAGUAGCAGGACCGCCAGAAGAUGACCCUCAGAACGUAAUAACAAGGCUUCUAAACUUAAACUCCCACAAGGAUAUCAAGAAGAAGCAGGUCGUGGAAAAGAGAAGCAUAAUUUAUGACGGAGCAUCAGUGUACAUCCCAGUGUAUAAAAAUACAACACAAGAAAUAGUAUGGCUGCAUUUCUUCGGAGACUAUGACGUGUAUAUGGGAACAGCAAGCAUUAGGGAUGUUGAUUUUGCAUCAAGAGACCCAGCGCCAGUGAAGACGUGUAUGAUAAAGUUCAUUGAGGGAUUAAACCCGCUACACUAUAAAAGAGUAGACGUGUCAAGCUAUAAAGGCGAGUCGACAGUGUUGAACAAGUCAAGCGCAAGGUCAAUUUCAAACGAUAGAGGAUUUGUAGAAUUGUCAGUAAUAAUACCAAAACACCUGGGGAAUUUCCUAGACCCAGUGAUAAUAUCGCAUGGAUCGCCGAAAGAAUAUUUAUCAAACGCAAGCAGAUCAUCAAUAUCAGUAGGAAUACAAAUGUUGAUAGCAAAUAUAAAGAGAGUCAGACAGUCGUUUACAGUUUUAAAGGAUAUAAUACACGCAUUGAAGUCGAUCCUGGAGUUUAGAAGUAUGUUCACCUCAUUCACAGCAAUGUUCUACUUCAUACUGGUCUUUGGAAUAUUCCCAAACCGAAUGCUCGUAAUUUUCCUGUUGCCCAUCCUGGCAUAUAUAGUGUGCACACACCCAAGUUUCAUCGAUUUAACGUUCCUUUUCUUGCUCAAAUUCCCAAUUUUAAUCGCAAUUCUGCCAAAGAGAUUUACAUACCCAUUUCUGCUCAUGCCAAAGCUCUCGUGUAUACUAUGCUCUAAAAAGCCGAGUUUUUUGAAACAGAACGCACAAAUUGUUGAUCCAGACAUGGUCUCGAAAGAGGAAAUCUCAUCUAAAACAUUUCAGUACUCAUCGAAUAAGAAGCUGCCAAAGUCAAUGUACCUGAAUCCGAACACCAACGAUGAGGCAGAAGUCAUAGUGAACCCCUUCUCAGCAGCAAACGCAAUACAAGUAAACACAGACUCAAAUAGGAAAAGAGACAAAUCACAAGAUUCAUUUGAUGAAAAUAAUAUGUUGAACCAGCCAACCUACGUGGAUUUUGAGAAGAGAAUAUCAGUACACCUAAAUAGCCUGCCAAUGAUCACCUCAAAACACUUGCUUAACGACUCAAUAGAGAUAACAAGAUACAAAGGAACCAGAAUCGAAACGUGUAAGCAUAGAGGAAUCAUCAUGUCAUACCUGAGCGUGAUGUUUAUAAAUGAAAUGGGGGUUGAAUUAUUUGAUAGCGUCCACGGAGACGGGCUCUCAAUAAUUAAGGGGUACCACGAUAUAUACUAUAACAUACCGCCAUACAGACACGUGCCAUUCUGGCCCAACGUGAAGUUCACGUUGUAUUUCUUGUUUUAUAUGUUCUUUUUGACGUUUUUUGGGGGAAUAUCGAAUUUCCAGCUCCUGCACCUGCUUCACAGAAAUAAACUCAUUUGCAGACUAACGCUGGAGUCGAAAGGAGUAGUUGAAACAAAACCAAAGAGCCAACAACAACAAACGAAGCAAAAGAAUGUAUCGCUGUAUGAAAAUGAAAGGAGGAUUUUGUUCGGAAAGUUUUCAAAGCUUAAUUUAAGGUUCUAUGAAAGGGGGUAUUUUUCAACAGAAGACGGCCAGUUUGUGUCAGUAGACUUGAGUAAAUACUUAGUGCGCUUGGUAGUCAAUGAGAACACGGAUCAAGAAGGAUGGACAUACGCAAAGAAUUGGAAUUCACAGUUUACAAAUAAACCAAAUUCAAUGACAUUUGUGAGGAGAAGAAAGUGGAUACUGACCCCAAACGAUAGUAAAAACAUAGAGUAUAUACUGAAGAGCAGAUUCUCAUCGAAACUUUCAUCAGACUACUUUGUAAACAUGGCACAAAAUGAUAAAAACAACCAAGUUGAAAAUGAUUGUGUUAGCCUAACAAGUGACGAAUCGUGGGGGACCUCAAAACUAUCAACAGCAAACGUUAAAAAUAACUUAAAUGAGAUAGCGUUGGAGGAUAAAAAUAAGUUAGUUAAUGGCAUAGGGCUAGAACAAUUAGGGAUUAAUGAAAAUUCUAAAGCAACCAAGAAAUCAAGCGACACAAACUAUGACAUAUCCUCUCAGGAUGAUGAAAACAUAGCACGACUGUACUUUAGAAAGGGGAAAGUGAAGAGAUUAGUUGACAGGAUAAAGGACGCAAGAGAAAGGAGAAAGACUCAGAAACAAGACAACUCAAAUAUGCAGCAAUACAUAAACUCACUAGUAGGGAAUAAAACCUCUGAUAAAUCAAGUGACAUUGAUAAACAAAAACAACCAAGGAGAUUACAUCUGCUGCGGGCACUUAGAAAGGGGAAAUACUCAGAAAACAUAAGUACUACAUCUGAACUAGGGAAUAACCACGUUAAUAACUUGUUGCAAGACACAGAACCUGAAAUAAGAUCAGUAUACUCAGGAUUAAGAUAUAGAGAAAAGAGUGAGUCCUCAUUACAAACGAUUUCAGAUGUGCAAAAUGAAGGUGAUGGGAAUGAUUUAUUGAUGUCAUUGAUGAAUUUGAACCAGAAUGACCCUUCACAGACGAUUUCAGAAAACGAGAUUUUCCUACCAUCAACAAUCACCCUAAACCUUAAUGAAGACAUAUUACCCCAACCAUCAAGUCUAAACGAUACCACACCUUUUGACCCUAAUUACGUGAAAAAGAGGCCCCCCAAAGUAACAACAAUCAGGAAGUUGUACAGAUUUACAAAACCGCUGGAAAAGGAUAUAAUAACAAAAGAACAGUCUGCCACUAAGUUAUCCACAUCAAAGAUCGCAAAGUUGGUUAAUUACUUAACGUCUCUACAUAACCCAGACGAGACUCCCAUGUCGGAUCGUACUCCAUACUCAACAAUAUCACAAUUUUCAACAGAUUCACAAGGAGUUAAGAGGAAGAGCAUGAUAAGGAAGGUGUUUGAGACGAUGUUUGCAAUUUUGUUCGCACUGCCGAUUUGCAUACUGCUGGACUUGGGGAAGCUGUUUGUGGGAUUCUUUUGGCUCCUGUUGAGAACAGUGCUGGGAAUACCAGAACCAGUGGAAGAAAGAAGACCGACAGUAACGAAACAAAGGGUGUUCAAGUAUAGAGCAGUGUGUAGAUUAGCAAUGACAGAAGAAGAUGAGUUGUAUUUUAGACUAGUAAAACCGAGAAGAUGCUUUAUGUUGGGAGAAAGGUUAAAGAUAUUCAAAAGAAUAUGUUAUGCAGAAAACAUGUAUUUUGUACAUAACCUGAAUAAGCUGAUGAUUGACUCUACCAGGAAAUAUGGAUCAGAGUCAGAUUCAUCAUCAGACGAAGAGUCAGUGGGAUCACUAAUGGCAUUAAGAGAAAGUAUGGAAAGGUCGUUUUCGAACCAAUAUUUGGAAGAUUCUGAUACGUUAUUGGAGUCAGAUAUAGAGACAAUAAAUAGAAACGAAAUAACAUCAGAAGAUGAUUUGGAAGAUUUGAGAACCUUUUCAAUGAACCCGUUUGAUUUGGAUGAAAGUGAUGAGGAAAUACUGAAUAUGAUGAGAAAAUCAUACGACUCAACAGAGAACAUAGAAGAGACGGUGAAAAAAGUAAAGAAGAAGAAAGGUAAAAUAGCAAAUUACAUUUCUGGAAUAUAUUCUAAAAGAAUGUCAAGAAAAGGAAAAUAUGUAGAUGAACAACACUUGUCAGAUUAUGACCAAGACUCAGAUGAAAAUAUAGAAACAGGUAAUAAAAUAGGAGUAAUAGGAAUGUUAAAGAAAGUGAAGGAUCAGAUAGUAAUGGCAAAUUACAAAAUUAACCUGUACAAUAUGAGAUUUGAGAAGUUUUUGAACAUGUUCUCAUGGAAAAAUUACUCUGUGACCACCAUAGUAUUGUUUUUGCUGAUACUGAUCAUAAUGAUAAACCUGUUCUUCAGCAUAGAAAUCAUAAUGCUGGCAUAUAUCCUGUACCAAUUCAAGGCAGGAUACAAGAGAGGAACGUGGGAAAGAAUAGUAUUAAGUACAACAAAGAGGCAUAUAAGUAAAGCAAUAGUGGAAUUGGAGAUUUUCAGACCAUUUUGGGACCUAUCAACACACCAAAUACAGGUUUUGUCAAAUAGAAUCAAGGCCUUUUCGUCAAUAGAGCUGGAAAUCAACACAAUUAGAGAAGCAAAAGACGAAGCACACCUGGCAUAUAUAGUGUCAGAUCGAUUAAUUAACGGGAAAUUCGCAAGAAAUUGGAAAAGAUACAGAUGGAUCAACAACCUGUUCAGGCAGGCACCAUGUAAACAAUAUUAA